CAAAACAAGGAGACCUUGCCAUUUUCUCAACUCGAAGUCGUAGAUCCAGGUCAAGCACUUAAAAACUAUCCGAACUUGAACCUGAAAAUAAAGUGUAUAUUUACUGUGAGCUGAAAUGUUGCAGUUUAAUUUCUUAUUUAAGGCUUAUCCUUUUCGCACUGUUUCAAAAUGCACAAGCAAAAUGCUUGCCAGAACACUUUCAUCUGCAGGUGGUAUUAAGGAAGUUUUUGUUGUCUCUGCAGUUCGUACACCCUUGGGAGCCUACAGAGGGUCAUUAGGGUCUUUGACUGCUCCUAAGUUAGGAACAAUUGCAAUUCAAGCAGCUCUGGAGAGAGCAGGUAUUCCAAAAGAUGCUGUUCAAGAAACUUACAUGGGGAAUGUGUAUCAGGCUGGUGUUGGUCAGAAUCCAGCCAGACAAGCAGCACUAGGAGCAGGUUUGUCUGUUUCUACACCUUGUGCUACUGUUAAUAAAGUUUGUGCCUCAGGAAUGAAAGCCAUAGCAUUUGCAGCACAAAAUCUUAUGCUGGGACAUCAGGAAGUCAUGGUUGCUGGAGGAAUAGAGAGUAUGUCCAAUGUCCCAUAUUAUCUUCCUCGAGCAGACCCACCUUUCGGAAACAUUACUUUAAUAGAUGGAUGCAUGUAUGAUGGUCUGACUGAUGUAUACAACAGGGUAUUAAUGGGAGUGUGUGGUGAGAAAACUGCCAAGAAUUACAACAUCAGCCGACAAGAACAAGAUGAAUACGCCAUAAGUAGUUAUAAAAAAUCUCUGGCUGCAUUUGAGGCUGGAGUGUUUGAUAGAGAAAUUGUCCGUGUUGUCAUCCCAGGAAAAAAAGGAAAACCUGAUACUGAAGUGAAACAGGAUGAGGAAUUUACCCGUGUCAAUUUUGAAAAGUUUGGAAAAUUGCCUCCUGCAUUUCAAAAAGAUGGAACCAUAACUGCAGCUAAUGCAAGUACCUUAAGUGAUGGAGGAGCUGCCUGUGUUUUAAUGACUGAACCAGCUAUGGAAAAGUUUAAGGUUAAACCUCUUGCAAAAAUAAUUGGCUUUGCUGAUGCUGCUGUUGAUCCCAUAGACUUUCCAGUUGCUCCAGCUCAGGCUGUACAUAAGGUUUAUACACACAGAAUGUCUGGAACAAGAAUUGUUAAUUGUCUUGCCUUGAACCUGAAACCUGGAGAAUAUGGUGUGGCAACUGCUUGUAAUGGUGGUGGUGGUGCUGGUGCCAUGUUGGUGCAGAAACUGUAAGUGGACAUAAAGAAAGAAGAGUAAUGCUCUUGAACUGUUAAUUAAAAUAGUAUAAAAAUGAAUAAAAUGUUUCAGUUCAACUUACAUAAAAAAAUAAAAUAAAAAAAAAGAGUACCAGAAUGUAUUACAUGUUACAGAACUAUGUUUAAUAUUAUUAUUUUUCCUUAAAUUUAGAUUUAAAAAACUUAGGAAUUUCUAGGACCUGUAAAAUAUUUGUUGGUGUACUUUUCAGAGCAUUGGAGUUAAUUCAGCAGUUAAGAAUGAAAUAAAUUUUAAAACAAAAGAUUAAAACUUCAUUAAAUUUUGUAAUACAACCAGUGUUUUAAACAUCCUAAAAAUAUGAAUUACCUUCCUAAUAUAAUAUUUAGGUUUUAUAUUGUUUCAUGUGACAUCAAAAAUAAGAGUUAGUUUUAUAAAUCACUACCAUGUGUAUACUGUGGUUUAAAAAUAUUUGAGUACAAAUAAUGCAAAAUGUUGCACUAACAGCUGUUUAUUAAGUGAGAUUAAUAGCUAACUAUUUGAUAAAAUAAAAUGUAAAAAAUUUAUAGAUGUACAACAAAUGGAGCAUUCCUGUAUGACAGAAAAUAAAGAUUUUUCUAUUGUAUACAUA